UAAAUACGCAUAUACACACCAAACACACACACACACAUACACACACACACACAGUAACCAAGCCAUACACUCAUACACACAAAGGAAUGCAUAGAGGAUAAGAUGAUUAGGGAAUUCCAUAUAUGACCAGAAAUUUUCCGGUUCAAAUGAAAAAUUCCCGGAACACAAACAAAAGAGUAGCAAUAGAAAACGGAGCAGCCAGCCUCCCUGGAAAACACAGUGACGUCAGUAAUCUCCUGGACACAGAGGGAGAAGGUUGUGCGCCGCUCCUUCGAAACUCACGCCCGUAUAUUGCAAUCCCACGGAAACGAGUGAAAUAUUGGGAGGAAAUAAGACUCAGACGCCAUUAUCUGAGGAAAAGACACUAAAGAAAACGAGGCUGUACGGGAGUGGUGUGGGUGCCAUGGGCGUGUGUGGGCGUCUGGCGUGGGUGUGGGCGGCGGUGGCGAUGGUGGUGGUGGGUUCCAGCGUCCCCAAGAGAGGCGUAAAUGAAAUAGAAGCCUUUGUGAAGAGACUUGAGUAUGAAGCAGCACAGCAGGGGGACGACAGGGGGCGGUACACGGUGGAGGGGCUGGGAGGGGGAGAGGGGCCCGUGGAGGUGAAUUUGAACCUUCUCCCUGAUGAUGCAAUAGUGAAGGACAUCGAGGAAGGGUUAAAAGAGGAGUUUUCUUUGAUAGAUCAGGCACAAGGGGAGGAGGAGGAGGAGGAGGAGACGAGGCCGAGGAAGAACAGCACAAACAACAUGGAAAGCCGGCAGCGGUCACUGAUCUACCGGGGCGUGUACCUGCCUGACGCACGCUUCAACGCAUUUGCUGACGGAGUGAUGGUCAACAUGGUAGCGGAAAUGAAGAGAAAGGAAAUGGACCCGUUAUAUUUUCGAGUGUUCCAGCGUGGGAUUAUUGAACACGUUCCUCUGAGUAGCUCCACCCCGCCCUCCACCUCCACCUCCUCCUCCUUCACCACCACCACCACCAGCACCACCACCUCAUCCAGAAGAGGGAGGCAGCGGGGUGAAGCAAUAGGGGGAGGUGUGAUACGAGGCCUCACUAGCGUAAGAAGAUUUGGCAACGCUGAGGUGCAGGUCGCUGGCAACACUACUCUGGUGCGCGGCAAGUGGCUGAUGGGUCCGCUGGAUCUCAUCAUAGACUUCCGCGCAGCGCAUUCUGGGGACGCUCGGGGCAUGACAAGGGUGCGCACUGGCCUCCUGGCGGUACAAUUCGACACCCUUACCUCAGUCGACCGCUUCGGGGCACAAAUGUCUGAUUUUAACAUAGUGAGCCCUCUUUACGACUACAUGCCCUACUACGGGAACCGAACAGGGGCGCAGCAGGCCACGGCAGAGAAUUUAGUGGGCCAUCUCUUCUCCAGCUCCUCCUUCGUGACCCAGAUGCUAAAGGGAAGUUUCUGGGUAGCCUCGUAUGAUAAGAUUGUCCCUCAGUUUGGCGCAGAUGCAAAUUAUUACAAUGUUUUGAAGUAUUUGUUCAGUUCCUCUCCUUCUUCUUCAGUUUUUUCCUCUCCUUCUUCUUCUUCUUCUUCUUCUUCUUCGUCUUCUUCUUCUUCGUCGUCGUCUAGUGUUGGUCGUGCUUCUUCUUCUUCUUCUUCUCUUGUUUCUGCUCUAUAUCCCUCCUCAUCAUCUUCCUCUUCCUCUUCCUCGUCUCUUCCAGCUGUCAGACGCACCUCCUCUUCCUUAUCUCCUUCCUCCUCCUCCUCCUCAAGACUUACUAGGCCUAUGUCCAAGAUUUUAUCAGCCUACUUAGCCUCCCAUGCCUCGUCCGCCGCCUCGCCUUGACGCACACACGCUGCUACAGAGUUAUUUAUGUUAUUUAUUGAUUAAGUUUAAGUUUUGAUAUUAAAAUGUUGACGAAU